GUCCGCUGCUGGUUCGUAGAAACUUUCCAGGUCCGGCAGUUGCCUGCUGUUGUGGUUGUAUCCUGGGACCCAGGGGACCACUAUAGGGUGUGGCGUGGUGGAGGUUGAAGCUGCUGUGAGACUUGGUAAUCUUGGGAGGCAGUUUUGGUGUUGCUCUCUGCUGGCUAGCUGCAGAUGAAGGCCUCUCAAUGAUCCGACCAGCAAUCUACCGACAGCAGAGACACAAUAACAAUGCUGUAGUUUUUUUUCUCUAGGUGCUAACUUGAGGGAUGUUCUCUGGAGGAUUUUCCUCCAUAUCGGCCCUGGCUCUGAGUCUGUAGUUGUGCUCUGGACUCUUGAACUGUGACAGUCUCCACUUGAGCCGUCCACCUCCCGUUGACAUGUACUGCUGCUGGUAGCCGCCGCCUGGCAUCGCAGUCAGAACCACAGAAGGUCUGCAAGACAGGUAAAGAGAGGAUUGCAUGAUUCCGUUGACUCGAAUAGCUAGGCUAUACCUGCAAUACACGCCUUGGCGUGGUCCCACCUGGAGACAAGAAACUCCAGCCAUAGCUGAAGUCGCCAUUUCGCAGAUGAGAUCAAACUUUCUGCAAACUGCAGCUGAGUGGCUCAGCUGCAGCUCGGAGCCGAGCUCGGUUGCUAUGAGCGUUGCUAAGAUAACGGAUCACGUGACUCGGUGCGCUCUUUUUAGAAAACAUCCUGCAGGAAAGAGAUGGCUGCAGUGGUGUUCAGAUCUUUGGCUGCUUGUCCCUCGGCCGUGAGGGUUCAGAGUCUCAGGGGAGCAGUGAGGUGUAGUAGACAUCUUAGUCUCUCAUGGAGGAGGCAGCAAGAUGACGUCACUCACACGGGCCAGUACUGGGAGAAAGGGGACUACAGAAACGUGAGGUUUGUGGACAAGAAGAAGCAGGUGAACCAGCAGUUUGCCAUUGACCUGGUGGCAGAGGAGCCUGUGGUGGUCAUUGAGGGUAGCCACAUCUUCUGCGAUGGAGGACCGGCUCUCGGCCACCCAAAGGUCUUCAUCAACCUGGACAGGCCUGAGAUCCAGGACUGCGGCUACUGCGGGAAGAGAUUUGUGGCAGAGAAGAACAAGGAACUGUUUAGCAACCAGUCUCUCACUUUCGUACACUAGUGACAAAUGCACUCCCACUCAGCUCUGUAUUCUGUGUAUAAUCCCAGAUCAAUAGAUUUACGUGAAUGUGGCAGGUGCCUGCAGAAUGUA